CAAAACCCACGUCGACAUGCUCCUAUCGCGCUAGUCCCCAUGUCGGCACUUUGGUCUCGUAAUGAGAGUGGCCGCGCAGCUCGUUCUGUACCGGCAUAUUUAUGAGGAUGCGUCCCUUGCACCGGAGGGGCGAGCGCAUAAGUCGGCAGGCGUCUAGACAUCCGCGUUUGACUCGUAAUCCGUUAUAAAGGUGUGGUUCGUGCCUGGCAAAACAUUGGUAGUAGGCACUUCUCUUUGUUGCGCUUCUUCUCCCCUCCUACACCACCCUCACCGCAAUAAUGGCAAGUGUGGAGGAACACAAGGCUCCCAUGACGAACGUCGAGAGCGACCCCUCCCUUUCGGAGGGGGGUGAGCCUAACCACGUGGUUUCUGAGAAAGCUGGAACCAGCGCUGAUGUGCACGACAUGGCCCGUAUGGGGAAGAGACAAGAGACGCGCCGAAACUUCCGACAGAUUACCAUUCUUGGUUUCACGAUGGUUGUUUUGUCGUCUUGGGAAGCCAUUCUGGCUACCUCUGUCUUUGCUCUGGGCAACGGAGGUUCUGCUGGUCUGAUCUGGGGUUACUUCAUCAUCUUCAUCGGUUUUGGUUUUGUUACCGCUUCUCUGGCUGAGAUGGCUUCCAUGGCUCCUACCUCUGGCGGACAGUACCACUGGGUUUCCGAGUUCGCACCUCGCAGCUGCCAGAGGUUCAUCAGUUACAUUGUUGGAUGGCUCGGAGUGUUGGGCUGGCAAUCGGCCGCCGCCAUCACCAUCUACCUUUCCAGCAACCAGAUCAUCGGUCUCAUCAUCAUGCACAACCCUACCUACAUCCCCAAGGCAUGGCAUGGCAUGAUGGUCAUGUGGGCUAUCCUGGCAGUCUGCUACCUCUUCAACACAUUCUUCUCGAAGAAACUCCCGCUCGUCGAAGGUGUCAUCGUCGUUCUCCACGUUGCUGGGUUCUUCGCUGUUAUCAUUCCUCUUUGGGUGAUGGCUGACCGCAGCUCGGCCACGGACAACUUCACGCUCUUCGUUGACAACAUGGGAUGGAACAACGUUCCCCUUUCUACCUUCAUCGGUCUGGUCGGUGCGGCCAGUUGCUUCGUUGGUGUCGAAUCUGGUGCGCACAUGUCCGAGGAAGUCCGCAAUGCUUCCCAGGUUAUUCCCCGCGCUAUGAUGUGGACCUGGCUCGGCAACGGCCUGUUCGGGUGGAUCAUGGCGAUCACGUUCUGCUUCUGCGUGACCGACACCAUGUCCGUCCUCACUACCCCCCUCGGCGUCGGCUUCAUGCAAGUCUUCCUCAACACCACUGGAUCCACCACCGGCGCUACCGUCCUGACCGUCAUGAUGCUCACCAUCGGUGUCUUCGCCUGCGUUGCCGUCAUGGCCACCAACUCGCGCCAGCUCUUCUCUUUCGCCCGUGACAAGGGUCUUCCCUUCUCUAACGUCCUCGGCACCAUCUCUCCUCGUUUUGAGAUCCCCAUCAACGCCGUCUACGUCACCGUCGCCUUCGUCACCAUCCUCUCGCUCGUCCAGCUCGGCUCCAGUGUCGCAUACAUGCAGAUCGUGUCUCUCGGCGCCGCUUCCAUGAUCACCACAUACAUGAUCUCCAUCUCUUGCAUAGCCCUAAAGCGCAUCCGUGGCGAGCCCCUCCUCCCGUCCAAGUUUGACCUGGGCAAGGCUGGCCUGGCCAUCAACAUCGUCGCCCUGAUCUUCCUGGUCGUCCUGUGGAUCUUCGCCUUCUGGCCGACGUCACCCAACCCGACCGUCGAGACCAUGAACUGGGCUAUCUUGGGCUACGGCAUCGUCAUCAUCUUCUCUUCCGCGUACUAUUUCAUCCGUGGCCGCCAUACGUAUGCAGGACCCGUUGAGUACGUCCGCAAGAGCGCUUGAUAAGGUGCUGCUGGAAGGUCGACUUGAUAAAAGUAGUUUCGUUAUCGUACAUAGUAUAAUAGAUGGAAUGGUUCUACUUGCCUCAUCGAUGUUCACACCUAGCCGUGUCUUGGUCUCGACGUUUUCUAAGCAUGAAUUCACGGACCUGAGACGUUACUAUUGAGGUUGACGCUAAGCUUUCGUUGAGUCGGCCCGGCCCUCUUGUCAUUGCUGCACCAAACUGCAUGGACCUUUUUGUACACAAAACCCCUCAGUAUAGAAAGGAUCCCGAGUAAACGCAUGUCAAUUGCCCAAGUUCCAUGCACUCCAAAAAAAAAUUCGUGCUUCACUCGUUGAAAUGUGUAGUG